AAAAACUGAUCCGUGUAUUACAACUUAUCACGACCCAUGCCCGUUUCGAAACGAUAAUUGGCAAAAAAGAUUCUGAAUAUAGAAACUAAUCGACCGAUUUACAUGUACAUAGGAGCUCUUAUAUAAUCACAAAUAUUAUACAUUUGUGUCGCAUAUUUAUCUAAGCCAACACAUGCAAAUAACGUUCAAAAGGUGUGCAAUAAAUAAACGAGGAUGAUCGAGCAGGCAUCAUUCUAACGAAGAUGACAAGACUACAGUUUCUUCUAUUUCUGUUCGGAUUCGUGACUUUUUCGUGGUCCACAGAAGAUGUUCCCAGAGUUAAAACUCCUCUCGGUGCAAUUAGGGGAUAUUAUAAAGUGUCUGCAAAUGGAAGACAGUACGAAGCUUACGAAGGAAUUCCUUAUGCGCUGCCUCCGACCGGAAAGCUUCGAUUCAAGCCUCCUCAAAGACUACCACCAUGGAUGGGCGAGCUUCCUGCGAUAAAAUUUGGCUCUGCCUGUUUACAAUACGCACAAUUACCUAUAGAUCCAAAUGAUAGAGUUCAAGGUGCCGAAGACUGUCUCUACUUAAAUAUUUAUGUGCCGACUGAAAGAAGAACAACCUCGCAAUCCUUACCAGUUAUCUUUUGGAUCCAUGGUGGAGCUUUCCAAUUUGGUAGCGGAAUGGAAAUGGGUGCCAAGUAUCUCAUGGAUCGUGACGUCAUAUUUGUUACGUUCAACUACCGUUUAGGAAUGUUAGGUUUCCUCAGCACAGAAGAUGAAGUAGUUCCUGGUAAUAUGGGAUUGAAGGACCAAAGUAUGGCGUUACGAUGGGUUUCAGAAAACAUCGAAUGGUUUGGUGGUGAUUCAAAGAGAAUAACUUUGAUCGGUUUGAGUGCUGGCGGUGCUAGUGUUCAUUAUCAUUACUUAUCUCCCAUGAGCGCUGGUCUUUUCCAAGGUGGUAUAUCGAUCAGUGGUACGGCUUUUGAUUGCUGGACUCAAACAGAAAACUCUUUAGAAAAAGCCAAACAACUAGGAGUCCUUAUGGGUUGUCUCACAGGUAGUACAAGAGAAAUGGUACGUUGUCUUAGAUACCGUCCAGCUAGAACUAUGGUUCAAGCCCUUGAGAAGUUUCUGCGAUUCUAUUAUAAUCCAUUUACACCGUUCGGACCAGUACCGGAGAAAUACGGUGAUGAACCAUUUAUCAAUCGAACACCUGUUGAAAUCGUGAAUAGCGGUGAUGUUCAAGAUGUCCCAUGGGUUACUGGAGUUACUAGUGACGAAGGAUUGUAUCCAGUCGCUGAAUUUAUUGCUAAGCCAGAAGCCUUGAAAGCAUUGAACGAUGACUGGGACCUCCUUGCACCUUAUCUCCUUGAUUACAAUUAUACUCUUCCUAAAGAGAAGCAUGUUGAAAUUGCUAGACUCAUUAGAAAUCAGUAUUUUGGAUCGAAGAAAAUUGACGAAACAACAACAGAUUCCUUAAUACGUGUAGCCAGUGAUAGAUUUUUUGUUGUCGAUAGUGAAAAAGCUGCUAGAAUGCAGGCUAAAGUUAAUCAACAACCUGUUUGGUAUUAUUAUUAUUCGUAUAGAGGUGCACAUAGUGUUAGUGAUUCCAUGAGUGGCACUACUAAUAAUUAUGGUGUCAGCCAUGCAGAUGAUGGAUAUUUGGUCGUAGACACGCCUUAUCUUGAUCCCACAACAACAACAAAUGAUAUUAAAAUGCAAAGAAUUUUAAUUGAUUUCUGGGUAUCAUUUACAACGAAUGGAGUACCAAAUGUUGGCAAUGCUCAGUGGUCAAGAUUAAAAUCCAAUGAAAAACCACUUAGGUAUUUGCACAUUGCUGGAUUAAAUCAAAUUCAUAUGGAUAGUCAUACAAAUUUUGGAAACAAAGAUUUUUGGAAUUCUAUUAAUUUUAAUGAAAACAAAUUAAGUAAAACAUCUGGUACAUUAAAAGAAGAAUUAUAA